CAUCUAAUUUGCAAUUGGCGACAUUGUCAAAUGUCAACUUCCUCUCAAUUCAUAAAUUGACAUUAUAGACAUAUAUAUAGCGAUGUAUCUCACAAACAAAGCAACAACACACAAACUGUUUAGCCAUGGCGAUGAACCUAGCCUUGCUUAUACUCAUCGCAAUUUCCAUUUCUGCAUGUCUUUCCUCAGCCUUACCAAACGACAUGAACUGGUGGUGCGAUAAAACGCCGAACCCAGAGCCAUGCAAGCAUUUCAUGAGCAGUAAAACUCAAAAAUUGGGUUUCAUUUUUGGCAAAUCCGAUUUUCGCAAAGCGGCUUUGCAAUUAGCCAUGGAAAGGGCACUUAACGCCGAGAGUCACACCAAAUGGCUCGGCCCAAAGUGUCGAAAUGAGCGAGAAAGGGCUGCAUGGUCCGACUGUCUAAAGCUCUACGAAAGCACUAUCCUGCAACUAAACCAGACCAUCGACCCAACCAUCAAGUGCACCGAUGCCGAUACACAAACAUGGCUCAGCACCGCGUUGACCAACCUCGAGACUUGUCGAGCUGGGUUCGUGGAGCUUAAUGCUUCGGACUACAUGUUGCCACUCAUGUCUAAUAAUGUUACGAAGCUUAUUAGCAAUACUUUGGCGCUCAACAAUGGUUCGACGAAGCCAAUCGAGAGUUAUAAAGGUGGGUUUCCGACGUGGGUUUUUCCCGGAGAUAGAAAGCUUUUGCAGACGGCGGCACCGAAGGCUAACCUUGUGGUGGCACAGGACGGGUCCGGGAACUAUAAGACAAUCAAGGCGGCGAUUGAUGCGGCUGCAAAGAGAAGUGGGAGUGGGAGGUUUGUUAUUUCAAUAAAGAAGGGUGUUUAUAGAGAGAAUAUUGAGAUUGGGAACAAGAUGAAGAAUAUUAUGCUUGUGGGUGAUGGACUGAAGAAUACCAUCAUCACCGGCAGCCGGAGUGUUGGCGGAGGGUCCACCACCUUUAAUUCCGGCACCGUUAUUGUAACCGGGUCCGGAUUCAUUGCACGUGGAAUAACAUUCCGCAACACCGCCGGCCCUCAGAACCACCAAGCGGUGGCGUUAAGGUCUGGCGCCGAUUUAUCGGUGUUCUACCUCUGCAGCUUUGAAGGAUACCAAGACACUCUCUACGUCCACUCCCAACGCCAAUUCUACAAAGAUUGCUACAUUUACGGCACUGUUGAUUUCAUCUUUGGAAACGCCGCCGUGGUUUUCCAAAACUGCAUGAUCUAUGGAAGAAGACCCAUGGCUUCUCAAAAGAUCACCAUCACAGCACAAGGCCGAACCGAUGACAACCAGAACACAGGGAUCUCGAUUCAGAAUUCUAGGAUCAUGGCAGCAUCUGACCUAAAACCUGUCUUGAGCUCGUUCAAAACAUUCUUGGGCCGGCCAUGGAAGCAGUAUUCGCGAACGGUUUUUAUGAAAAACUAUAUGGAGAGUUUGGUGGACCCGGCCGGAUGGUUGGAAUGGGAUGGGAAUUUUGCUCUUAAUACUUUGUAUUAUGGAGAAUAUAGGAAUACUGGACCGGGUUCUUCAACCAGCCGGAGAGUGAAGUGGCGUGGGUAUCGAGUGAUCACCAACACCAACGAGGCUUCUAAGUUUACGGUUGCAAAUUUCAUCGGCGGCCAGUCGUGGUUGCCUGCUACCCGUGUGCCAUUUCAUGCUGGCCUUUAAACUUUACUUGACGUUUAAUGUUUGAUCAAAUUCUUGUAUUUUUUGAUUUACCAUCAUUUUACUCGUUACAUUUUCUUCCCUUCAAAUAAUGAGAGUUUAUUAACUACAA